UUUAUUGAGCCGACGGACGGCAAGUUUUCCUUGAUAUUUGUUGCGAAUUACAAUUACUAAAAUCGAUCGCAGAUUUUUCCCGUGUCCGAAAUCGAAAGUGAAAGUGGCACAAAAUCAACAACAACCAACAACAUGAAUAAUUCAACAGUAUGUGUGUUUCAUUGCCAAAGCAACGUUUACGUUUAAACGAGAGAUCAAAAAUAAAUACAAAAAGUCCUUAAGUAAAUAAAUAAAUAAAUACAAAUUCUGUCAAAGCAAAUCAAAACCAAACACCAAUAGUAAAUUACAAACAAAUUCAACAACAAAAUCAUAAAGCAAAGAAACGAGAAGGUGGAGGAGGAGGAGGAGAAAGAGGCAGAAGCACAGUUUGUGUAUCCGUGUGUGUCGUUCUCUCGCUCUCUCUCUGUCGCGUGCGUUCGUUCGUGUUUGUGUGCAUGUGUGUGUGUGCAGCCGAAUCAAUAAAACGGAAAUAAAAUAAAUAAGAAAAUCAACAGCAAAUGUGCAAAAUACUAGAGAAUAUCACAAAUCCCUAACAACAGCAGCAACAAUACCUAAAUAAUACGAAUAAUAAUAAUAGUUGAGAAAAUGAGGUGCUGCUGUUGUGCGAAGAAAACAAGCCAAGAACUAUGACGCAUCAAAAUCAUCAGACAAACGGCGCAAGUUUGGAGGAUUGCCACACAAACUUUUAUGCCUUGACUGAUUUAUGUGGAAUAAAGUGGCGAAAGUUCGUUAACGGGGAGCGACCAAACGCGUCUAGUGACCCAUUGGCGGACCCGAUCCUGCGCUCCUACUCGCGAUGCAUCCAGGCGGACAUGCUCUGCGUGUGGCGGCGGGUGCAGUCCAUCAAGACGGACAACGCCGACCAGAAUGCCUUAACCUUCGAGAUCACCACCUCGACCAAGGUCCACCCGCCCCUUUCCCUGGCCGCCUCCAAGGAGCUAUGGAUCUUCUGGUACGGCGAGGAGCCCGAUCUCAGUGAGCUCGUCGAUGCCGAACUGCUACGUGUUGCGGCUAACCAAUCGCUUUGGAAUGGCACCUGGAAAGGAGCUCUCACCUAUGAGUGCCGAUCGCUGCUCUUCAAGGCGCUACACAAUCUUAUGGAGAGGUUCGUCCUCACCAAGGAUAUUGUGCGCUUUGGAAAAUGGUUUGUGCAGCCUUGCACCUCCAGCGAUCGUCUUUUUGGACGCAGCUCCCAGCAUUUGUCCUUCUCCUUCACGUUCUUUGUGCACGGUGACACUGUUUGCGCCUCGAUAGAUCUGCGCGAGCAUCCCGCCGUGCGUCCAUUGACCAAGGAGCACUUGGCUGAGGCGGCUGCCGCCUUUGCAGCGGCCAGUUCACCGCCAGGAUCUGCGGCAACUUCGGCGGCAGCGGCUGGUGGUGUAGGAGCAGUGCCUAGUCCGGGUCAGGAGCCGAAUGGCAAUGGCACGGAGCCACUGGAAGGCGGCGAGGGUGGAGCUGCCAAGGCCGCGACGCCAGCGCAUGCGCGCAAGGUGAUGCUGGCCCCAUUUGGCAUCGCGGCGAUACUCACCGGCAAUAGCUACAAGGCCAACGAUCCCAUGGCCGAGAAGAUCCUGGAGGAUUGGGCCUCAUUUUUCCCGCUGUGCAAUAAGGACAACACGGACGUGCCACCCGUUGUGGAGGUAGUGUCGGGUGGUCAUAAGAUGUAUCAUCCCACGAACUACGUACUAGUCACAGAUCUGGACGACAUGGAGCACAUGGAGUUCGCUGAGAUGCAGAAGAUGCAAAGCUCCGUGGGCAAUGGAGGAGCGGCUGAGGCCGCCGUUCUGGCCUCACAAUCCUGCCCACCGGGCGCAGCAGCUGUUGCCGCUCCGCCUUCCCUAAGUGUCCCAACAGCUGUGCCCAUGGGCCCCGCUUCUCUCAGCGCCCCGGGAGGAGUUGCUCAUCCCGCCUCGGCCAAGGAUGUAUCUCGUAAGGCAGCUCCACAAGCGGUCAGCGCCCUGGAGCGCCUCGCCUUCCAGCCCUACUACGAUCAACGGCCCACCUCGGGCUUCACCUUCAACACCAACAAUACUCAUAUCCCCGCCUCGGCUGCCGUGGAGAUGCCAGAGCGUGCCUGGCAGGAUUGCGUGAUGAACACGCUUCACGUGGAUGCAGCGGCAGCGGCGGCAGUGGCAGCCGCAUCCUCAAUACCUUCCGCCGGAAGUGGAACAGGGACGGCUGCAGUUAACGAUGAGGAUGAGCAGAAUAAACCGCCGCAGCAGGAUUCCAAGCAGCUAGUGCAACAGCAGAUUCAGCAGCAGCAGCAACAACAGCAACAGCAGCAGCAACAACAGCAACGUCAGAAGCUCUGGAACUUUGUGGAUCCCAUGCAAAAGGCGCCCUGCAUAUGCACCAACGCCCAAUGCAGCAGCAGCAGCAACAGCAACAGUAGCAUCAGCAGCAACAUCUGUGGCAGCAGCAACAAGCGACUGCAGCAACCGCUGGGAUCGCCAGCAUUGCGUGCAGCAGUCACCGGUGGCGGCAUUAGUGGCAAUAAGUCCUCGUCGUCGUCGUCAUCAUCAUCAUCGUCGUCAUCCUCCACGUACCAGCAACAUUACCACCAGCAACAUCUGCAUCAGCAGCAACAGCAACAGCAACAACGACCGGGAACACCUGUGCCGGCAACAUCGCAUCAUUCCAGUUCCCUGAGCAACAUCAUCACUACUUCCUCUGCCUUGAAUUCUUCCGCGGCUGCAGCUCUCCUCCAUCGGCGUCACAAUGUGCCGUUCCACAAGCGAUUGCUCCAUUCGCUGGCGUCCACCGCCUCUAUGGCCACCUUUAGACCCAAAAAUCACAGCAACAACAACAAUAACAACACCACAACAUCAACAACAACAACAACAGACACCAAUAUACCAAAACAAAGACAUCUCGGGAAUACGCCACAUGGAACGCCACACGGCGGUGCAUCGACGUACUCUCGGAACUCACUGGGCGGCGACUCCUCGAUGCCGGUGGCCUCUGUGGAAUCGCCCGCCACGCCGGCUCCCUCUCCGCAUCCGAAUUCGGCGCACUCGCAACCGACGUCGGUGCCACCCGCAGAGCAACUGCUCAACAUGAGUCCACAUGCGCCCACUUCCGUUUCGAAUCUGCAGCAGCCGCCGACCCCCAUCGACCACCUGCUGGACAAGAAUACGCCGGCGCCGACGCCAACGGACCAGCACGAUAACAAGAGCAUCACGGCCUCGCCCUAUGUCCAUCAGACACCCAGCGUGGAGCCGCCCUCCUACACAGAUCAUGCUGGUUCAGCCGGCGGAGCAAGCGGAGGCAAUGGGCCAUCUCUCGGCGGAACUGGUCCGGGCAGUGUGCCUGCCCAGCAGCCGCCCACGCCAACAGCAACGGCAACGUCUGCCGUUGGCGGAGGAGGAGCUGCAACUACAAGCGGCGGAGCCAGCACAGUAGGCACCAUAAGUGUCAAGAAGCUGGAGAUGCAGCAACAACAGCAGCAGAUGCCGUCUGCCACGAUGGCUAUUAAGCAGGAGCCAGGGAUCGGGAGCCUAGGAAGGUUGCCAGCCAGUACGGUUAACUUUACCAUGGAGGCCAUGAACAAUCUGCGAAGCCUGUACAAUCCGCCAAAGCUGACGCUCAAGGAUCCGGAUAGCUUCUACGACGAAGAGUGGCUCAAGGAGGUCGUCUACGAUUUUCAAUACCAGGAGAACUGGGAUAACCUUCCAGUGAAGCGUCCGAAGCUGGACGAGGUCUCCAAGCAGCGAAGGCCGCGUUAUUCCAAGAACCUCUACGAGGGACAUACGCAUGUAAAGCCACUGAUGCCAUCGCCUGGAUCUGUCUAUGGCAACCAGUUGCUCUCAUUGGAGGUUCAAGCCGCGGCAUCAGCUGCAUCGGCCGGAAGCUCCAGCGGCGGCUUGGUUGGAAUCGCCAACAACAACAACAACAGCAGCAGUGCAGCCAAUGGCAACGAUGCGACGGAAACCGAAAGCGGUGGCGGUGGCAGCAGUAGCUUCUUCCAGGGAUUGGAUAUCAAAACGGAGCCGGGACUGCAUUCGCCAUCAUGCAAGGAGACCUCGAAGUCAUCAGGCGGCAACAGCAGUGGCGGUGGAAGCGGCGGUGGAAAUCUAUUCACGGCCGAAGGUCUAAAUCCAUCGCUCAACGACCUGGAACAGCUAUUCGAGACGAGCUCCAACGAUGAGUGCAGCAGUGUACAGAUACACACGCCGCCCGAUUCCAAUAAUCCCUCGAAUGGCGGCUGCAGUGCGGUGACCAACACAAUCGAUGAGCUCAAACGGAGCACGGCGGUGAACAGUGUUGUGGCAGCGGCAGCAGCAGCAGCAGCUGCAGCAGCAGAAGCAGCAGCGGCGGCAGUAACGGUCACGGGAGGAGCCGGCAACAUUCAAGCGGAGGAUCUCACCAAAAUGUUUCCCACGCCGCCGUCGCACGAACAGCAGCACCCGAACUCCAGUCCCUGUCAAACGGAUGUGGUAAUGACGGAUCUCAGUGUGGACAUCACCACCACCACGACCAGUAUGACAAAUAACAUCGCCGCCACCUGCAACACCACCAUGGCGAGUAGUAUCAACAGCACCAGUACCGCCACGUGCAACAAUAACAACAGCAACAACACCACCACCAACAGCAGUAUUAUCCUGGCCGCCGUUCAGGCUGCUCCCAUCACAGUGAUGGCCGCCAUUCAGCAGACAAGCAUUUCCAAGCUGGUGAAGCAGCAGCAGCAGGAAUAUAACCUGGAGCUGGGCAGUCCCGUGGAGGAGGCCAUCGAUGAUUGGAACUAUGUCUAUCGACCGCCGCAGCAGGAGAAAUUUGUGGGCUCCACGCGUUAUGCUCCACUGACCAAUUUGCCCAGCCAGACGCUACCGCCGUUGAACCUGCCCCCGGGAUGCUUUUAUCAGCCCACUUGGAGCAGCCACAAGUCCAGAGCGGCCACCCUGGCCAAGGCAGCAGCGGCCCAACAGCAGCAGCAUCAGAAGCAUCAGGCGUUGCAGCAGCGCAUUCAAUUGCAUCAGCAAAAGUUGCAGCAGCUCCAGCAUCAGCAUCUCCAACAGCAGCAGCAGCAGGCAGCGGCAGCAGCAGCGGCGGCAGCUGCAACAGCGGCAGCGGCGGCGGCGUCUGGUGGAGGCCAUCAGAAGCAUCAGCAUCAGCAUCUGCACGAUCUGCUGUCGGCGGGGCCAAGGACACCGCUAACUCCGUCUACAACUGUGCCGCAACCCUUGAGCAGUGGCGGCAACCAGUUGCUGCUGAAUCAAUUGAGUUGUCCGCAGGCGCCGCCGGGUAGCUCGAUGCAGCAAAUGAUGCGUGCGGGAAUGUCGCCGAUAUCACCGGGACACGGGCCCUUCUCCAGGAGCCCGGCCCUCCUGCGAACGCCAACGCAUCCUCCGCCACCGUAUCCGUAUGACGUUGGCAGUCCCGCAAACUCCACAUCCUCGUACUUGAACCGCCCACUGCAUUCGCAGGAACAUCCGCACGGCAUGCACGGUGGAAUGAUGGGAGGAGGCGGCGGCGGAGGAGGAGUAAUGGUCGGCAUGGGACCGGCAUCGGGAACUGGCAGCCAAAUGGGCAUGAUGAUGCCGUACUCUGGCGAUGCGGGCAUUGCCAGUAGUGGUGGCUUGGCGGCGGUGUCUGCCCCAGGAGCGAGCCUGCUCCAGGAGCUGCCCGAGGUGAACUCGGUGCUGGUCAAUAUACUGCUGUACGACACCGCCUUGAAUGUUUUCCGGGAUCACAACUUUGACAGCAGCAGCGUGUGUGUGUGCAAUGCGGAUACGCAGAAGAUUGGCAAUAUACGUGGAGCGGAUUCUGGUGUUUAUGUUCCGUUGCCCGGCGUCAGCUUUAAUCCGUUUCCUGGAGCAGCAGCCGGUGCGGUAGGAGGAGCAGGUGGCGUAAACGGAGGAGGGAUGGCUGCCGGGGGACAACGUAUGCUAAAUGGACCCAACUCUGGAGCUGCUGCCUUUGGCGGUCUGCGGAUGAUCAGUGCCUUUGGAGGCUCACCAGCCUCCGCCGCCUCGAUGCCUGGAGCUGGCUCCGGACAUGGCGGUCACGGCCCGAACGGCGGUGGUUCCAACUCGUCAUCGUCGUGCACGCCGCCCAGCAGUAAUCCGCACAUCACCGGCUAUGUCGACGACGAUCCCGUCGAGUGUACAUGCGGCUUUAGUGCGGUGGUCAAUCGACGGCUCUCUCAUCGCGCCGGUCUCUUCUACGAGGACGAAGUGGAAAUCACGGGCUUGGCCGAAGAUCCUGCCAGGAAUAAGCAGCCAACGCUGCUCAGCAUCAUACAGAGUUUGAGCAGAAAGAAUCAGCAGAGCAUACAGGCGCCGGGAGAAACUAGUUCGGCUUUGGAGAAGAUCGGAGCAGCGGGAGUAGGAGCAGCACAGUUGGAACAUCUGACGCAUGCCAUCUUUGACCUGCUGCUGGAUCAGUGCUCCAUCAUCCAGACCUCCAGCAGUUCCGUGCACCGAGCCCUCCAGGCUCACCGUCGGAGAAUGUCGCGGCAGAGGAGGAUUUUCGGCACGAAUGGAGCACCCACCGCCUCCUUAGCUUCAAUUGCCAAUGUCCUCGAAUUUAUGGAUGCGCAUGACGUGAUCAGCUUAGCACUAGAACAAGCCCGCUUGGCGUUUGAGAACCAGCGCAUGGACAGCAUGGAAUGGAACGGCGGAAGCAGCAGCUCACAGAAUCAACAGCAGCAGCUCACGGCCUUCCAUGCGCCGCCACUGGCGCUGCGACACAAGCUGGCGGGGAUCGGUGCCGGGCGGCUGACUGUCCACAAAUGGCCAUAUCUUCCCGUGGGAUUCACGCGAAGCAACAAGGAAAUUGUGCGCACGAUGAACGCCAUUCAACCGAUGCUGCAGAGUGCCUUCCAUUGCAAAUCGCGCGGCGGUUCCGGCUCCAAGGAUGCCAGCUCCUAUAACACGGUCAGUGGACCGCUCACCUGGCGACAGUUCCAUCGCUUGGCCGGACGGGCGUCUGGCCAGUGCGAGCCGCAGCCCAUACCCUCCGUGGUGGUGGGUUACGAGAAGGAUUGGAUAUCGGUGGCGCCACACUCCAUCCACUAUUGGGAUAAGUUUCUCCUGGAGCCUUACUCCUAUGCCCGAGAUGUUGUCUACGUGGUAAUCUGUCCGGACAAUGAGCACGUAGUGGGUUGCACCCGCAGCUAUUUCCGUGAGCUUAGCAGCACCUACGAGAUGUGCAAGCUGGGACGGCACACGCCCAUUCGUGGCUGGGAUGGCAUCCUGCAGGUGGGUGCUGCUGCUGCUAGCGUCGCUCGAGAUCGUGAGACAACGCCUCUGGACGAUUGGUUGCGUACCCUGGAACAUGCCGCUUUGGCGGAGCAAAUUCGACGCUAUGCCAUUGCCUUUAUUCACCAACUGGCUCCAUAUUUGAGUCGCGUGCCUAAUGAUAAGACGCUGCUAAAUCCACCCGAUGGUACUGGGAAUUGCAACUCCAAGAAUGGUGGCAGCAGCUCUUCCAACUCGUCGUCGUCGUCAUCCUCUGCGUCGAACUUGGGAACAACCGGUGGCGAUUUGCCUACGGAUAACAUUAAACUGGAACCAGGAACUGAGCCACCGCCGGCCGUUCAGCCGAUGGAAACGAAUCAGGACGUCAAGCAAGAGCCUGGAACAGUUGGAAAGGGCGCAGGAGCUGCAGGAGGUUCUGCUGCUGACACCAAACCCGCGCUCAUUCUCGGCGAUCCCUUGGGCGUGGGCGAGACCCUGGAGGAUAUUAAUCCACCAGCUAUUGUCCUGUAUGUGGUCAAUCCGUUCACCUUCGCCUCGGAUAGCUGCGAGCUGGAACGCUUGGCCCUGAUUGCCCUGCUCCGUUGCUAUGCGGAGCUCCUGAAAGCCGUUCCCGACUCGGUGCGUUCGCAGAUGAGCAUCCAGAUUAUAUCGCUGGAAUCGGUGAUGGAACUCGGACCGUGUGGCAAUAGGAAGCGUUUCUCCGACGAGAUUAAGUGCCUCGCCUUGAACAUCUUCUCUCAGUGCCGGCGGCACUUGGUGCACGCUCAGUCCGUGAAGAGUCUUACGGGCUUCGGAACGGCGGCCAAUAUGGAGGCCUUCCUGAAGACCAAGGACGAACCGAAUCGCAAAGCCUACAAGAUGUACACCGCACCCUUUGUCCUGGCCCCGAUGCAUGAAAGGAACGACAAGACAGACUUUACGCGAACGGCAGGCAGCAUGCAUGGCCAGAACGAACAUCGCUACUCGGUGAUGUAUUGCAAUUACUGUCUGAGCGAGGACCAGGCCUGGCUGCUGGCCACCGCCACGGAUGAGAGGGGCGAGUUGCUGGAGAAGAUCUGCAUCAAUAUCGAUGUGCCGAAUCGUGCGAGACGACGCAAGGCACCCGCACGCUAUGUGGCACUGAAGAAGCUGAUGGACUUCAUCAUGGGUCUCAUCUCGCAGACGUCGCAAAUGUGGCGUUUGGUCAUUGGACGGAUUGGUCGCAUUGGACACAGCGAACUGAAGUCGUGGAGCUAUCUGCUGAGCAAACAGCAGCUGCAAAAGGCCUCCAAGCAGUUCAAGGACAUGUGCAAACAGUGUACACUCAUGUAUCCACCAACGAUACUGAGUGCGUGUCUGGUGACCCUGGAGCCGGAUGCCAAGCUGCGCGUAAUGCCCGAUCAGUUUACGCCGGAUGAGCGCUUCUCGCAGAUAUCCAUGCAGAAUCCGUUGUCGACCCCACAGGAUGUGACCUGUACCCACAUUCUGGUAUUUCCCACCAGCGCUGUUUGUGCGCCCUUCACCCGCCAGUUCCAAAAUGAGCCUCAAGUAGAUGAUGACUUCCUUACUUUUGAGGAGGAGGGAAACGAAGACUUUAGCGACGCUGACAUUGGCGACAUUUUUUGGGACACUCAUAUAGACAGGGUUUCCAAUCAUGGCAGUCCCGGACGCAUGGACGAUAAUAGAAGCUGGCAGAGUGCCGGUGGGAAUAACUUCAAGUGUACUCCGCCCCAGGAAGUGGAGGAGGUUGGUUCACUCAACCAGCAACCAAUAUCGGUGGGCUACAUGGUUUCCACAGCGCCCACGGGCCGUAUGCCCGCCUGGUUUUGGUCCGCUUGUCCCCAUCUGGAGGAUGUGUGCCCCGUUUUCCUCAAGACGGCGCUUCACCUGCAUGUGCCUAGUAUACAGACAGCCGAUGAUAUCCUCAACUCGACCAAUGCCCAUCAGUCGGCCAAUGAUCAUCCGUUGGACUCUAUUCUCACAGCGGAUGUACUGCGGUUCGUACUCGAGGGCUACAAUGCCUUGUCAUGGUUGGCCCUCGACUCCAAUACGCACGAUCGUCUCUCCUGUCUGCCCAUCAAUGUGCAGACUCUGAUGGAUCUGUACUAUCUGACGGCAGCCAUAGCCUAAGGAUCUGUGGGAUUAUACAUCUGGGAUCAAAACUAUAGCAACACAACAACAAACAACCACUCAAAAGCUGAAUCAAUCAAACGCAGUCGCAUGCUUCCUUUUAGCAGAACUUCCACUAGCUCUAUUAUAUCAAAACUCAAAGCAACAACAGCAAACUCUAGAAAACCGGUAAAAGGUCUACAACAACCCAAGAAUCGAAGUUAACAGAACCCAAAAAACACCAACACCAACAACAAACAACAACAACAGCAAGCAAGCAAGCAGGCAGUGAACGCAACGCACAGAUUACUUAGCAUAAUCAACACGAAACUAAGAAAACUAAAAUGAUACAAACUAAACAACCAAUCAGAUCGAUCAGAGAGAAAGAGAGAGCGGCGAUUAUCGAUUAUCGUUCACCUCGAUAGGAAGUCUAGAAACAGCAUUACUAUAUUUAUUAAUUGUCGAGAAUUUUGUAAAAAAGUGUCAAGUGUGU